CACGAUCAAAUCCAGCGCUAAACAAGCUUUGCCUCCUCCCGUCCUCCGCUCGCCUUCCGCGCCACCGGUAGCUUCAUCCAACCUGCCGACGCUAGCCUCCUGCUCCGCCCUGUGCCCUGAAGACACUCCCAUGGCCACCGGCGUCCUCCUCCAACCGCAUGGCAAUCCCGUCCCCAACCCUAACGAAACAGCCACCGGCGGCGACACCGCCAACCCGCGUCUACCUUUCUCUCCUUCGUCAGCCCCUGCCUCGAUUUCAAUCUUCUCCACCGUGGAGGGUUCCGCCUCCUGAUCUGGCUCCACCGCAUCCUAAUGUAGUCUAGCGAGUCGGCGGCCGCCGCCAUGGCCUCCGCGUUGGAGCUCACCAGGUACGCGUCCGCGCCCAGGUCGUCCAUCUUCUCCGCGCCCUUCCGGGACGACGAGCUGAUCCCCGUCACGUGGUGGCCCAUCGCCUUCGCCACCUUCACGCCCAUGUGGCCCACGCCGCUGAGCCCCAGGAUGCCGCCGCGGAGGCCCGGGGCCGUCAGCCCGAAGUGCUUCAGCGGGCUGUACACCGUCACGCCCGCGCACAGCAGCAGCGCCGCCUGCUCCGGCGCCAGACCUGCAGGGAUCGGCACCACGAACUUGCACGCCAAUGAAGGAAGAAUUGCCCAGGUUAAAUCUUCUGACUCGCUCGGGCAUUGGUUAACUCUUGCAAAUUCAACAUGGAUGAAAGAAAAAUCUCGCCAAGAGCUACUGCCUAGUGCCUAUCAUAUAUAAAUUCGUAAUUCACAUAGGCAAACCAAAAAAAAAGCUAUCUCAGACUGUAGUUGGAUAGGUGGUAGUGCGAUUUGUCCACUGACUGAAAAAGACAGCAUGCACACUAGAGUUGCAUGCAGAGAACUUUUGGAUGGAAGGAUGGGG